UUCUGAUGAUAUCUGACCUACAGGCUCAUUUUUUCAGCUUGCGGCUGGCUCUUUUUAUAUGGAUUUGUGGUUGGCAGCCCAGGUUAGCAUUCAUACAGAGUACAUUCCCCUCCUUUCUUGACCUGUCUGUGUAGCAGCUAUACCCCUCCCAAAUGCUGCCUCUGUUUGUGGAUAAACAAAAAGCUCAAGCCAGAAAUGAGGAAGAACCGUAUCAUAGAAACUGGGAGCAACUCACACGAGAACAUACAAGGACAUAGUCACAGACAGGAGACAGAAAUUCACCCAGAAUAUUAUAGACAAGAAUGCAGAGCUAGUGUUCAAAACAGAAGCCUCACAACAGGGGACAGGUCGGGUAGACAAGAGAUUGCCAAGAAUAUUAUAAGUCAGACGUCAGACACUGCAUAGAGGCUGCUCACUAUGGCCAUGUCCCCUGAAGCAUUCCAGGAGGUAGAAACGGCUACUUGCCUCUUGAGUGGAAUGUCCUCAACCGCUUCGAAGAUAAGUAGGGCAAUUUUAUCAAUACUUUUCUUCAUCCGCUUUGGAAUUUUGUUACUGGGAUGUAAAACAAUAUGGCAGGAUGAAGAAAAAGAUUUUCAGUGCAAUUCUACUAAGUUACUAUGCAAGCCAAGUUGCUUUGAUGAGUUCUCACCUAUCUCCUCCUUCAACCUUUUUUCCUUACAAAUGGUGGCUCUUCUAACACACUCACUAUGUGUGGCCUGCUUUACCCGUUCUGCCUUUCAGGCAAGAGAAGGCUGGUUACAUGCCCAACUUAAAAGAAAGAAAGUUCAAUUCAACCUUCAUGUUAUAGGACUGAUAAGUAGGAUGAUCAUUGAGCUCCUCUUCAUACUAACGUACUAUAACAUAACAGAAGGGUUUGUGCACCGGAGGAUGAUUAAUUGCCACUCUACAAUGUGUGAAAAAUCUGUUUUAUGCACAGAUGUAAAUUCAGCUGUGAAGAAUAUCUUCAGUUUGUGUCUAUGUGCAGCAUCUGCCACCAGUGCCAUGAUCUGUCUGUGGGAGUUAGUAGCAAGCAUGCAGCAUAUGAACAGUUCACCCACCGCUCAGGCACCAUGUAAAAAGCAGCACUACUAGAUGAUUCAGUAUUUGUCAUCUGGCCUCAAACCUCAUGUUUUAUUGUGGAAUCAAUCACUGGACACCGAACAGCCUGUAUAUGCCAUUAUCUGGAAAACAUUUACCCACAACUUCUCCUUCCCCUUCCAGUAACAGAUGUGAGUGGAGACCAUAAAUUUGUAAAGCAUACAUAGAGAUUAGGGACCAAAGUCCAUGUAUGGUUCCUCUGUAUGGCAACUAUAUCACCUAUGAAGACUGCACUUUGGUUGCUUUUCUACUGCAAAUUGAUUCAACAAUACAUUGUACUUGGUAUUUUAGCUAUACUACGUUAAUAAAUGUGUUGACAAACUAUUUGCUGAGGAAUUCCCAAUGUAUAUAAAGUCCUUUGACAGCAAGCACCUUACAAGCAAUUCUAAGGUAAACAGGCUAAGGUUGAUAAUAGUCCUAGAAAAAAGAAAUGUCACCAGUGUUGGGUAAAUAAAGAUUCUACA